AUACAGGUAGUUUUGCAGUCCAAUAAUUCUUAAUUAUUUGGUACAAUUAAGUACAAUUAUACAAUUCAUUGCCUGGAUGGUUUUAAUGAGUCGUAUUUGUUAAACAAGGAAAUAGUGCGUGAUUAAACACUUUCACAGUGGGACUGUGUUUUGCAUUGACAUGAAUGCGAGACUGACAAAACGCACUCAUUGUCCUUUAGUAUUAUCACAACCAAUUAAUUCUGUCCCUCGAAGACGAAAACUGUCAUAUAGCAGGGGAUUUAACUUCGGGCCGGACCUCGCUAAAGGCUACAUUUCUGAACAGUUCUGCAGUUUUGUAGAAUUACAGUUGAAGUGGCGCCAACGAACGAGAAAAGGGCGCAGAUUAAAAACAACGGACAGUCUCGGGAGAUUGCGGGGCUUUAAAUUUAGCGCCGCUCUCAUGCACAGAUUGCCUUGUGUUGAAGGCGCCACCUCUGGCGCUCACCCUGCCUGCCUGCUAGGGGCGUUAAGCGCUCCUUCCUGCAGCAAUUACAUAUCUCCAGGGACGCUUUCCCCCCGUGGAGACGAAAUAGGAAACGUUUGAUUGGUUAAAGCAAUAACUGUGCAUAUCCCCGCUAUAAGGCCGAUACCUUUCCGACCGAUAAUCAUUUUAUCCUCGGCCUUUAGGUUAUUUAUACCAUAAAUCGGCAAUUAAUGAUAAUAAUCUUAUUUAAGACUUCGGAGUAUAAAGCAGUCAUAAAUUGUCAGCACAUAACAGCGAAAAUAAAUAGUUCUAUUACUAUAACCAGAAAGGCAGUCGAAAUGCAAAAUGGAAGGAAAGUCUUUGGAGAAAUUUACCCGAACAGGAUGGCAGAGUUACCAAUGCGAACUUCUGGCAAGCUACGUCCCAAAGUUGACAAGAAGACAGACGGGCAGAACAUGUGUGGCGCUUCCUCGCAGGUGGCCCUCUAUACUGAGACAGCGGCGAUCGCCCCAGACCCAGGUACAGACUUUACUCACUUUACUCACAACGCGGAUGUAACCAUGUUCGUGUUAUUUUUAUUCAAAGUCCAACAUGUUGUGUAUGUGUUCUUUUUUGUUAGCAUUUGCGACUAUAGAUGAAACGGUAUGGCAAGACUUGGCCGAGUGCACAUCUGGACUACACCAGGAAUCAUCCAAUGCACCAACCCGCCAGAAUUUGCAGUUACAGGAAGCAUCAGCGUUUGACCUGCAGGAUUUCAAAGAUGUGGAUAUCAUGUGUGACCCAACAUCGUUGAUGCAACCCAUGUCCAUGACAGAUGCAUACCUACCGUUUUCUGACUAUGUGUCUCAUCUGGACGUGUGCAUUUCUUCUUCCAUGUCGGCUGCUCACAACUCUCUGAUUGAGAUGAAUCUGCAAACCGACCACACACACCUGCCUGAGCAGUUUUGGAGGGAUGUGGCUGAAGAAAAUCAGAAAGCUCUGGGAGAUGCUCUUGUGGAAAAUGAACAUUUGCAAGUCACUUUAAAGAGAAAGCAUUGUGAAAUAUUAUCACUGAAGGAGAGGAAUAUCCAGCUGAAAGAACUUGCUAGUAGGGCAAAACAUCUGGCAUCAAUUCUUGAUAAACUUAUAAAUCACGAUUGCCGGGAUACCCGAGAGAGCACAUCUGAAAUUGUUCCCUCAACGUCUCCGGAUAAGCGGCAACGAGUUGAGGGAACCUAUUUUGAUACCCAGGAGAGUGAAAAAGUGGAUGAGAUCUUAAGAGACAUUUCAGAGAAAUGUAGUGCAGCAUUGGAAACAUUGAAUGAAACAAACUAUAAACAACUUAAAGUAUAUUGCAAUUCAGGAGAAGAAAGUUAUACUGAAGAACAGGAAACUAUCAACAUGUAUGGAAGCUUCAAUGGACUUAAGACAUCUACAGGCUGCAAUGCAGUCAACUUAAGUGGCAGUGAGUUGGACGAUGAUGUGUCAUUUAAGACUUCAAUUCGUGAUCACUGCACAAUAAGAACAUUAGCAUUUCCUCAAGGUAAUGCAUUUACCACCAGAACACCCAGUGGUGGCUUCAAAUUCCGAUGGAUUCCAAAUUGAUUGGGAUGAUCAGCUAACUACACUGACCAGUGGGACUUAAUUAAUUUUACUUUCAGUAAAUAAAAUACAUGAAGGAAUUCCAUGCAGCAUUCUUGCACUGCCAGCACUUAGAAGAUUAAAAUCUUCCUCAAAGGAAUUAUAUUUCAGAUCCACCAAAUAUUUUGCAACUAUUGGUAAAGGUGAUUUUCAUGUGUGUAUUCACUGUGUUAUACUUUACCUCAUUCGACUAUUAUUCACAAAAAAUCAGAACUGGAAAUAAAAUAAAGAUUUGAAUAUUUACACCACAUUCAAUACUCCAGGAUGGCCCAAUGCACUUUACAGCUAAUGAAGUAAUUUUCAAAAUGUACUCAUUGGUAGAAAGUUAAUAAUAUAGUAACUAAUUUGCACAUAAUACUCAAUAAUAUAAGAUGAAAUAUGUUAAUAUUGAUUAUGAUAAAUUUUCCAUGAUACUGGGGAUAAUUCUUAAAUAGCAUCAUGGAAUCUUUUAUAUGCAUCUGAAAGAGCAGAUGGAGUCAUGAUUUAACUUCAUGUCCUGAAGUCAGGACUCCCUCAGAAUCAGCAUCAGCCUACAUUUUGGUACACAAGUCCAGGGUUGUCUAAGUAUGCAUAACCUUAGUGUCACCAACUGAACUCCAUCUUACACAAAUCUUCAGGGUUUUCAAUAUGUAGAAAGAAACAUGUUUCUUAACUUAUUUCCUGUACAUAACUGAUUUGUAAAUAGUUUAACUCUCUUUGCUUUUUAACCCAAUCGUUAUAGUUCAGUCAUUUUGUACAGCAAAAGAAAUAGAGAUGUGUCAUGCUUCUUAUUUAGGUGGAAAAAAUAUGAUGACUGUUUUCUUAUGCUGCUGUACACAUCAGUGGAGACAAUUGAACAGGCAUCUUUGCAUGAUUAAAGUUUAAAUGCAUCAAAUGUUCUAAUUCUGUGCUAAUGUUUUAUUCAGCUUGAUUGUUUCAAAGUCCAUUCAAAAACUCGUCACAGUAUUGGAAGAAAUGUAAAAAUCUGAUGCGAAGAGAUAAAUAUCCUUUCAUUGGAAUCAAAAUAAUUUUAAAGCUAUCAAAACAUUACUUAAAUAUUGGAAUUUAUGAGACAAAGUUAAAUUAGUUCAAUAUGGGCCCGAAGUGCUGUCAUCUACAGCCAGGGACCAGUUUAUGGGACCAGUUCCCAUUAUUCCCAAAUUUUAUCAGCUACCCAUCUGUGGAUCAGAUUUCCCAUAUUCUUAUAACGGAAAUCCAUUUUUUGAGCUGGUUCAAAUGUGAAAUAUGAUCUGCCAACUUGAUCUGUUUACUGUUGUUUUUAAUGGCUGUUAAAUAUUUACCCCAUGACUUCAAGUAUGGAGAGCUUUGUAUCAUUUAUUAUUUCAACUACAGAUUACCUGGAAAUUCAAUCUAGCAUAGCAUUUGUGAAUUCUGCAAAUUUAGAACCAGAACACCAAUAGAGUCAUAGUGAUACAGUGUGGAAACAAGCCCUUCGGCCUAACUCGCCCACACUGGCCAACAAUGUCCCAGCUACACUAGUAGCUUGCCUACAUUUGGUCCAUAUCCCUCCAAAGCUGUCCUAUCCAUGUAUCUGCCUAACUGUUUCUUAAAUGAUGGGAUAGUC